AAUUCGCCCCUCUCCUCACCUCACUGGCCUAGGUUCCUUUGUUGCACUGCAGCAGAAGCCCUUUCAUUCAGGGCGAUGAUUCGCACUCACCAUGCCAGUCCCCUGACGCUUUCGUUGGCCAGCUGUCCACUACACAGUACAUUCAAUCCCCACGUUAUUUUACUAGUCCAAGCGUUUUUUGGCCCACCUAACAACGAGAACCAGUAGACCGUCGCGUAGGUCCUUUUACCGCCAACGCGCGAUGGCGCAGCAUCCCUCAGCACCGUCGUCGUCGCUGGAGCCUCCUAGUCUGCUGGUGGCGGGGGCGGGGCCGGUAGGGCUAGUCGCGGCGUGCGAGCUGCGGCGCCACGGGCUGCACGUGCGCGUCGUCGAGAGGAGCCGCGGUCCGUCGGAGCACUCCAAGGCGCUGGCUCUCCACGCGCGCACGCUGGAGAUCUUAUCCGCGCACGACGGCGUCGUGGACGCGUUAAUUGCCGCAGGGACCAUAGUGGAGGGGAUCGAGUUCCGAACGGACGGGCAUCUGGCGGCAUCGCUCUCGCUCACCGAGCUAAACGGCGUUUCCUCGGGAGCGAGUCAGCCCCGCCACGCGCGCGGAACGGCGCAAGAAGGCGCGGAGCCUGGUGGUAGUCCGCCCAGCAGCGGAAGCCACGGCGGAAGGCAUGGCGGGGAGCACGGUUUGGCGCAUCGCGAGGAGCACUCCGCUGAUUGCGGGGAUGGCUCGGGGCCGAGCGUGUGGGCGACGCGGUUCCCGUUCGUGCUGAUGGUGCCGCAGCGCGACACGGAGAGGAUUCUGACGCGGUGCCUGAAGGACGUGUAUGGCACGGACGUGGAGUGGCAGACGGAACUUGUCAGAAUCCGUCAGGACUCAAAUGCAGUGCACGUGCAGCUGCGGCAUCAGCGCGCGAGUCAUCCCCCCACCCCAGCCACAGCCUCCCACACCUCACCAAAAAUGGCAGGGAAGGGGAAGGAGACCCAAGGGGAGAGGGGAAGAGGAGAGGGGACGGAGGUGAGGAGAGAGUUGGAGAGAGAGGCACGGGGAAAGUUGAAGGAGGGAGCGAGGGAGGGAGGAAUGUGGGGAGGGACAGAUGGAGGGAUGGAAGAGGCGGUGUUUGACCUGGUGUGUGCGUGUGACGGGCCGCACAGCACCUGCCGCCUCCAGCUGAGCCUCUCCUUCGACGGGCUCCAGUACCCUAUGCAUGCGCUCCUCGCUGACGUGGCGCUGUCUCACUGGCCGUUCCCGCGGGACAAGGGCCACGUGUUUACCCGAGGUAAGCACGUGGCGGCAGCAGGCGCGGCAGGGGGGGGGGCUAGUGGGAGCAGGUGGCAGCAGGUGCCACUAGAACCCCUGCAGGGAUCCAAUGGCUCUGCUGGGGUUCUGGUGGCUCUGCCGUUUGGUGUCGAUGGCUUGUGGCGGUUGAUCUUCGAUGAAGGGACGGCCAGGAUGUUUGCUCCAGCCGGACUGCUUGACCAGACAGAGAGCCGCAGGCAGGGCAACGGGAGGGCGGUGGAGGGGGGCGCUGGGGCAGCAGCAGGGGAAGAGCGGGGCAGGGGACUUGGGGCAAAGGGGGGGAGGGGGCAUGGCGCAGGGGGCGAUGGGGCUCGCCAGCCAGAGGCAGGGCGAGGAAGCGGAGGUGGAGUGAGAGAGGAGGUGGAUGAGGGGCAUGAAGGGGAGAUUGCAAGUGAGACGCCGUACGUGGAGAUUCCCUCAACAGCUGAUUUUUCAGAUUCCGCUGCUCCUGUUCUUAGGGUUAUCCCAUCUGCCCCUGUGCCUACGAUCUCACGUGGUGCCGGCCCUGCCGUCCUGCCACUGCCACCUGUUGCCCGCUCUGCUACCGUUGAUGCUGGUGCUGCUGCAACCCCCUCGCCCUCUGCCCAAGUGACAGCUCGGCAGCCGAUAUUGACACCUCAGCACGUGUCAGCCAUGGUCAACGCCGUCGUGCCAUGUGGCGCACACGUGGACACCAUCCAUUGGUCCAGCGUUUUCAGCAUGCACCUGCGCUCCUUAAACCGCUUCCUACAUGGCAGAGUGCUCUUCCUAGGCGACGCAGCCCACAUACACAGCCCUGUAGGCGGCCAGGGGCUUAACACAGGCGUGCAGGAUGCUUAUAACGCAGCAUGGAAAGUGGCACUAGUGGGUAGGGGGAUUGCAGGGUGGGAGCUAUUAACCACAUAUGACACGGAGCGAAGGGCAGCUGUAGCAGAAGUGCUUAAAGCCACAGAUAUAGGCACUCGGACCAUGUUCCUCCCAACCUUCCUCACCUCUCUCUCUCGCUCCACUGCUUUCUUCCUCCUCUCUCACUCACACUCCCUCAGAGUGGCAGCAGCCGCCACUGUAGCUCAGCUCUCCCUUCGCUACCCUCCCUCCUCUCUCCUCCACCACGAUCUCACCUCCUCUCUCUCCUCCCUCUCCUCCCUCCUUUCCUCCCCUCUCUCUGCUCCCCUCCGCCUCCUCCCCCCUCCCCUUGCUGCUGCCUUGGCGCCUGCUGCAGCAGCAGCCGCGCCAGGCGCUCGUGCCCCAGAUGCCAUGCUGCUGCUGCUGCUGCCUCCCUCUCAUUCCGCCCAUUUCACCCAUACUGCAGUGUCACAUACCCCUCCUCGCUAUAGUCCCUCUCAUUACAGUCACGCUGCAGUGCCAGAUUCGCCUCCUCGUUACAGUGGUGGUGGCGGCAGUGGAAGCAGCUCUGGCAUGCAAAGCGGCAGCAGCAGGCUCGAAGGCAGAGGAGAGACGAAUCACCAGCAGCAGCAGCAGCAGAAGCAGCAGAAGGCACAGCAGUUGCAACGAGCGAUGCAGCUGCAAAAAGCAUCACAACACGUGGGGGGAGGAGGGUGGCAGGCUUGCUCUGUGCAUGACCUGCUGAGAGGAGAGAGCUCUUCAGGGGGGGGGGGUCCGGCGCACCACGUGCUGCUGUUUGCUGGCGACGGCUCGAAGCAGACUCUCCUGCAGCAGCUCAGGCAGUUGAAAGACGAAGCCGUGGCAGCAGCAGCAGGGGGGAGGAAAUGGGCACAAGGCGAGGAGGUUGCCUGGAAGAUUCCUGUUUCGGUGCACUGCAUUCUGCAAGCUCGGGCUCCUGUUGCGGGAAUUGUACAGGCGUGUGGUGAGCUGAUCGGUGGCUUGGAGAGGACACAUGGCAAGGAGGGAUUGGCCAGCAGCAGUGGUAGCAGCAGCAGCAGCAGCAGUGCCAGCCCUUUUGACACAUGGGAGCAUGUGAGCAUGUGUGUGGAUGCGCAUGGGUAUGCAUACGAGAGGUACCACGGGGAUGCAUGCCCGUUCUACCUGGUGAGGCCGGAUGGGCAUGUGGCCAUGAGGGCUGACCACUGGCAGCCGGGCCGGGCGCAGGCGUACUUUGAUGGGAUCAGGGGAAGCUGCGGGAAGGCUGGGGGUGGGUAGAGGGGUGGCGUGGAUGAGGGCAACGGGUUGGGUGUUUGGUGCGGUUGGAUGGGCUGGCCAUGGGUAGGCAGGCUGGGCGCAGGCGUAUUGUGAUGCGAUCAGAGGAAGACGAGGAAAGGCUGGGGGUGGGUAGAGGGGUGGUUUGGAUGAGAGUACGGUGGGUGGGUGUGUGGUGCGGUUGGAUUCUUGCAUGUGGCAAUGAGGGCUGGCCACUGGUGGCCAGACUGGGCACAGCGCAGGUAUAUUGUGAUGGGAUGAGAGGGAGAAGAGGCAAGGCUGGAGGGGGAUAGAGAGGUGGCAUUGACAUGUUGCACUGGAUCGGAUCAGUCAUCGGAGGCAGCUGGUCGGUCCGACUGACCAGCUGCCCAUUGUAUCUUUCUAAGAACUGACCAGUGGCAGCUGGGCGGGGCACAGGCGUACUUUGAUGGGGUGAGAGGGAGAUGAGGCGGCAUAGGCUGUGCAGAGCUGGAAGAUGAUGCCGUGAUGGGGUGCGAGUGGUGUGUGCCUGGGAGGGCUGAGCGCUGUAGCCAGGUAGAGCAUACUUCGGUGGGAUCAAGAUGAGGAUCUGGCAUAGCUGGCAGUGGGUAGAGAAGUCGCAAUGGCUUUGCCAGUUGAGCAUACACAUCAAAAGCGUUGUAUCAUAUGUACAUAGGGAGGAUGAUG